AUGACGAUGUUAUCAGCUUGUCUUCGUCGUUCUGCUGGUAGAUUGAGCACUAGAUCUUCUAUGCCUAUUGCAAGCACAACAGAAGCAACUCAGUCAACAACAAGAACAAAGAGAGCACCACCCGUGGCCAAAAAAGAAGGUUCGAUCGAAAAUGUAUUUGCAACACUAAGCGGAGGCUCUUUGACGGAUUUAAAGUUACCCGAACGUUUCCUUCAAGUGAAACAAUCCAUCAUUCAAUCACAAGCUCACGGUGAAGCAAUUCAAGUUGCAUGGAACGAAGUUCUACAAAGUUUAAGAACGGAAACACAAGAGAUCGAAGAAAGAGGUGCAAGCUUGAUUCCACAAGUACAUUAUCCCGGAGAUGAUGUCGUAGAUAAGAAGUCACUCGAGGAAUGGAUGGGAAAAGAAACUAUUGAACAAAUUAAAAGACGCGGCUCGGUGAUUAUAAAAGGAGUCGUUCCUACGGCAAAAGCAUUGCAAUGGAAAGAAGAUAUUCGUGAUUACGUUAAACGUAAUCCAUUGACAAAAGGUUAUCCAGAAAAGGAUCCAAUGGUAUAUGAAUUGUAUUGGUCGAAAUCUCAAUUGGAUGCACGUGGUCAUCCUUCCCUUUUGCGUGCUUCACGUUCAAUCUUGGCAUUGUUCCAUGCUCCCGGUCAAAAAGAUGGAAAGAUGGUAGAAGCAGCUUCGUUACAAAAUGUAGUGUCUUAUUGUGAUCGUCUUAGAAUAAGAAAGCCAGGAGACAGCACCUUUGCACUCGGGCCACAUAUCGAUGGAGGUGGAGUAGAACGGUGGGAAGAUCCUUCCUUCCGAUCCAUUUGGCAAUCCAUCUUGCAACCAAACCAGGAAGGCAAGAUUGCAUGGAAUACACACGAUAGUUGGAGCUUAGGUGAAGACGGUCAAAGACUUACUGCUCAAACGAGUAUGUACGAUGGUGCAGGAGCAUGUUCAGUCUUUCGUCCUUUGCAAGGAUGGAUGAGUAUGUCAUCAACAGGCGCGAAUGAAGGAACAUUGCGUGUUCUGCCAAUGUUACAAUCAGCUUCAGCUUAUAUCAUUCUCAAACCUUUCUUCCGUUCAAACAAAUCAAGAAAAGAAUGUACAAAUGAAGAUGAAUUCUUGCAUCCCUCAAACUGGAGAUUCGAUCUUAGUGACGGUCAAUUUGACGGUUGCGUUCAACUUGGCAGAAAUAUCGAGCUAGACAACGAAAUACAUCCCCACUUGAAAUUGGACAGAACGAUGACAAGCAUUCCUCGUGUUGAACCAGGAGAUAUGGCUUUAUGGCAUUGUGAUCAAGUGCACGCCGUCGAAAGUGAACAUAAAGGUUUACCAGGUCAAGAUAGCUCGGUGAUGUACAUUCCUGCUAUCCCACUCACUCAUCAAAAUUUCGAAUACUUAACUUAUCAAAGACAAUCAUUCGAACAAGGAAUUCCACCGCCUGAUUUCCCUGGUGGCGAAGGAGAAUCAAAACAUAUCGGUCGUGGAAGACCAGAAGAUAUUUCCGACAUCGUUGCCAGACGUGCAAUGGGCUUGGAACCUUUUGAAAUCCGACCAGAUAUGUCAGCAGCUGAACGUCGUUUGGUCGAGGAAUGCAAUGCUCAACUAGCUUGA